AUGUCAACAGAAGAUGCCGGCGUGGUAACAGAGGUUGGAGCGAUCAUGUCGAAAGAAACUGACCAUAAGUCACAGUACGAAAAACUUUCUGCAGUAAUGGAAAAACUUUUUCCAAAAAAGAUAACUAACGAAGCCGAUGUAGCACCUCUUGUAACUCUCAUGAAAACCGUAAUUGCAAUCGAAGCUGGUAGUCAAGUAGUGUCCAGACAGCUGAUCACAGCAAUUGUUGCUCAAGUAGAGUCAUGCAAACAAGAUGAGACUUUGAGAAUUUUGGCUGAAUCUGUUCUAAGUGUGCUCGACACAACAAGUAUUGCCUUUGAUGAGCAGAAGUGUGCAAUUCGUACGAUCUUAGCCGGACUUCACGAGGGAGCUGGACGUUUUGUAGAGGCUGCUGAAACACUGCGAAAAAUUUCCACUGAUAGUGCACAGCGACCAUGCUCGCCUGCACAAAAAAUGUCGCUCUAUCUUCGUAUCGGUCGGUUGUUAUUAGACAGUGGUGACUAUGCGGAAGCAGAGCAGUAUGUGAAUCGCGCUAGUUUACUGCAAACAGAGAAAGACUGCGAUGUAUUUAACGUAGAAUAUAAGGCUAUUUAUGCUCGUGUACUGGACGGCCGACGCAAAUUUACUGAUGCUGCUCAGCGCUAUCAUGAGCUAUCUCUGGUGGCCGAUCUUCCCGAAGCUGAUCAAAAAACAGCACUUUCUCGUUCGAUCACGUGCACGAUUCUGGCAGCACCAGGGUCAGCUCGAUCACGUAUGCUAAACACUUUGUUCAAAGAUCCGCGGGCUGCUCUGCUUCCGUCAUUUUCGCUCCUUGAGAAGCUGUACUUAGAUAGAUUAAUCAAAGCGAAUGAGUUAGUCGAGUUUGAACGUGAGCUGCAACCUCACCAAAGGACUAAUGAACACGGUCAAUCAAUUGUUGAAGGAGUGAUCGUAGAACAUAACAUGACUGCUGUAUCAAGGCUUUAUAACAACAUUGCUCUUCCGACGCUUGCCGAACUUCUGGGAAUUUCUCCAGAAAAGGCGGAGGAGAUAGUGGCGCAGAUGAUCUCAAGCGAAAGGUUGGCGGGUCACAUCGACCAGCUGGAAGGCUUUGUACAUUUUGAACAACGUGACCCCUUGAAAUUGUGGGAUGAGCAAAUUAUGUCGUUCUGUCAGUUGGUGAAUAAAGUCAGUGACAUGAUUACACAACGUCAUCCGGAAUUAGCAAGAUGA